CGAUUGAUGAUUGUAAAAAGUAAAUUUUUUUAUGCUUGAUAUUUAUUUUUAUAUUUUAUAUUAAAAUAUACUUAUUAAUUCUCAUUAAUAGAAUAUUGAUAUUUCUUUCAAAAUAAGUGAUAAAAAUUAAUAAAUUAAAAAAAAUUACAUCAAAUCAUCAGGAUUAAUUACCAUAAAUUAUCCACUCCUUAACACUAACAUGACAAUUAAUAUCUUUGAUCAGAUUAAGCUCAUCAUACAACACCAAAAAGAAAAAGAAGAUUAGAAAAGGAAAAAAAAUAUUUAACCAACCAAAGCAGCACGUGGGAUGCAGACGAGGGGCAUUAAACAUGACUCAGCCUCGCAUUCACUCCACACUGUCGCCGCUCCCUCCCCUCCCCUCCCUGCUUUCUCUCUUUCCGUUUCAGUUCGCAAAGCUCAAAUCUCUUAACCCCCACCCCCCCAAAAAAAUAAAAAGAACGAAAAUGAAAAUUGACUACUUCGUUUCUGAACAAUAAAAAGAUUCUUAUUCCUUUCUAUGCACUUCACAUGGAAUAUACACGCACAUACACCCUCUUCCUGAUUUUUGAUUGAUUUGAUUCUUUCCCAGCAAUCCCAUUUGUAUAAAGAAUCAUAUACUUGAUUAUAUAAAGAACUGAUACAAAAGAAAAGAAAGAGGAAAAAGAAAGUGGGUUGUUGUUAAAAAUCAAGAAUCAUGAGAGCAAGAUUAGUUGUUUUUCCAGUUAAAGGAAGGAACUGGUGUUUUAGUAGAUCCAUUGAACCUUCAGUUGCAGAAGCUGCAUCUGCUUACGCCCCUAAUACUCUCAAAGAACUGUGGAAGAACAUUUCUUCUUCUAACUCUAAUGCCCACAAUGCGGAGCUUGUAAUCGAUUUUGUCUCCAACAAGAUGAAUAGAGCAUGGGUGGGUCUGGAGAAGGCUCCUGAGGGUACUUUGAAGAAUAAGCUUCAUGGGUUGGGAUUGAAGCUUCUAUCACGGGUUAAGCCCUCUGAGAUUUUCUUAAAGUCUAUAUCCAAGGAAGUCACUGAUGUUGAAAUUAUAUACCCUUCCAGUUUAAAUCCACGACUUGUACGCAGAAGAUUACGACAUGUUGCCUUGAGUGGAUCUGCAAUUCACAAGAAAUAUUUCUAUAGUUCAGUUUCUCUACUUCCAUUGACAAGUGCAUUUAUGGUUUUACCUCUGCCCAACAUUCCAUUCUUUUGGGUCUUAUUCCGUGCUUAUUCUCAUUGGCGAGCUCUUCAGGGAAGUGAGAAGCUACUUGAGCUAGUGUCAGAUAGUCCACAUGCUGACAAUCUAGACAUUCGAAAUAGGCAGACAAGUGAAACAGAGAAUGGACACUCUGAACAUGAAAUCCAGAAGCCACAGAAUUUUCCAUGGGUGUUGCAGCCAUCAAAGGACCUUGAGAAACUGCUCAACUAUGGAGAUGAAAACAAUGGCCUCAGUAAAUGUGGUAUUUCAAACAUCUGCAAGACCUUUCAUUUGAACACAAAUGAUGUUCUUAGGUUUAAGCGUAUGAUGUAGUUCACCAUUAAUUUGUACAUUUUUUUUUCUUUUUUCCCUUGGGAAUGUAACAUAGGUUCAUGUCCUUUAAAUGGAUUAAAACCUCAAUUCCAAAUUCUUUUCCAAGUUGUAUGACACUAACCAAUUUGACCGGUCAUGUUGGAAGAAGUUUUUUUUUUGAAUACAUGAGCAUUAGCAAUG